UAAAGUGUGGACGCGUUGCAAGUUACUCGAUUAAAAAUGAAAUGCAAAAAGUGUAAAGCCAGUUUAAUAAGUGGUGUAAAAUGCAAUGUUUGUUUGUCUUAUUAUCACACAAGUUGUGGAAAGUUGCUCAGUAAAGGGAAGUUCAAUUCUGAAGAUGUUAUAUUGUGCUGUAAUCGACCCUGUUCUCCGUUUACCGAAGACACUACUCCUGAGCCAAAUGAUAUCAUCGAUUUAUCAAACAUCACUGAACCAGUUGAUGCGACCAUGUUUAAGUAUGUCAUGCAGCAGAAAGAUGUGAUCAUUGAAGAACUACGGUCUAAAAUCGAUCUCCUACAAGAAAAAAUUUGCCUUCUAGAACAACUGGAAAAAGAACGGCAAAAACUCUCCCAGUCCUCUAUCACACCAGUCGCUGCUAAGCAAGAUAAGCAAAAGGUAAACAAGGAAAAUGGUGGAAGUUCUGUCAAAGUUUCUGUCAAAGGUUUAAGAAGUCCUGCGAUGUCAUCAAAAAGUCCUGCGAUGUCAUCUAAAAGUCCUGCAAUGUCAUCAAAAAGUCCUGUGAUGUCAUCACCCAACAUAAAAUCUAUACAGCCCACAAUGAAAGUACAGCCAAAGGCUCUUCCAAAACGCCAUAAUGAUGAAUGGAAUCUAGUUGAGAAGAAAAAACGUUACACCCUGAUACCAAAAAGGAAGACGUACUAACGUUUGUUAAAUCUCAUUUUCCCGAAGCAAAAUGCGAGGAACUGGAAGCUAAACACAAAGGCGAAUAUUCAUCUUUCAAGCUGUCUGUAUAUGCUGACAAUUUCGGAAAAGCCCUGGAUCCCAACAUCUGGCCUGUAGGAGCAUGUGUUCGCAAGUUUUUUCAUUUUAAAAAAAUUAACGAGUAAAGCGGUAGUUAGUGAUAGCUAUUUUUCAAUUUUCCAUUUAAAUGUACAAUCGAUUAGGAACAAAGUUGAUGAAGUAGAGGUAGUUUUACAUAACAUUGAAGAAUCUUAUGAUGUUUUAUGUUUUACAGAACAUUGGUUAACAAACUAUGAGUUGGAUUUAUUAAAAUUGGGUAGUUUUAAGAUAGCCUCUGCCUAUACCAGGAAAGAUAAUGGUUAUGGCGGUGUUGUGAUACUAGUAAACGAUAAAAUUAAAUACCAAGUUAUUGAUGUUUCAAAGUUUUGUAAUGUAAUUGACAUUGAGCUUGCAGCCAUUAAAGUUAAUAAACCCAAACUAAUCAUAAUAACUGUAUACAGAGCACCAAAAGGCAAUCUGGAAGUUUUAUACUCUAAUUUGACUAAUUUAUUUAAUUUUAUCAAUAUAAUCGAUUCAGAUGUUAUUAUUAAUGGAGACUUUAACAUACAUUUUGACCGCAAAACCAAACAGACUCUAGAGUUCCUUAACUUUUUAAAAUCUUAUAAUUUGAGACCUCUAAUCUUUGAGAACACGCGAGCAAAUUCGUGUAUUGAUAAUAUACUUACAAAUAUCGCACAUGAUUGUAGGCACCAGGUCAUGGAGACUCAUUUAUCUGACCAUCGUGCUGCUACUGUAGAAAUUCUAUAUAAUCGUCAUAAGUCAAAAGACUGCUCGAAAGUUGUAUCAUAUCAACCUUUUACGGAAGUAGGAUUCUUUAAUUUUUUUAAUAUUAUUAGUGAUUGCAAUUUUGAUUUUAUCAAUGAUGCUGGACUUGAUACAAAUACCAAAUUUAACUUAUUCACCAAAUUAAUUUCUGAUAAAGUAAACAUGGCCUUUCCUAUAAAAGUAAAAAGAAUAAAAAAUGUUAAAAAGGAUGAUAUU